AUGGAGAGUAGAUGUCGACUAACAGUAUUUUUCGACACACCACACUCUCUGGCAAGGCGAGUCAUAUUCAGAUCGCUGUCGUGGCCUGUUUGGUACACGGUCUUCAUAGUUGUGCUCCAGGUUCUGGGGACAUGCUUCAUUCUUGAAACCGUUCUAAAUGAAAUUUCAAAACGAGGAAAUUUCGACGAUAGUCUUUACGGCUUAGCUCUGACAGUUUCAUUAUUUCAAAGCUUAGCAAUUCCAAUCACAUAUUGGUGGGAGUCAUCCGAUUUGCUCAGAUAUUUCGAAGACUGGUAUUAUUUUCAGGAAGAAUUCGGCAGGGACGACCUGGAUUUCGCUUUGACAGGUCUCAUCAAAACAGCAUGCAUAAUCCACUUACCCAUUCUGAUCUCGAUGCUGGUCGGAGGGGCGUAUCUCUUCAACGACUUCAGGUUCAUCGUAUUCUCACCUUGUGUCACUGCAGUGGGCUCACUCAGCGCUACUUUACUGUUCUGGUGUAUCACCCUGUACGAACUGAGGGCUGCCUCUGAUAAAUUGAUGAAGAAAAUCAUUGGCGCGGGUUGCCGGAACAUGUACCAGAGCCGGAUCCUCUGGCAGAAGCUGUCCAACUUGACAACCACCCUUGGCGAGAGCUGUGGCAGAACGGGGCUGGCAGUCUGCGUCCUCAUCUUCACCACAUUUGUCCUCACCACCUACGGCUUUCUUUCUCUGGGAAUCGACCAUUCCUUCACAAAGUCCUUCUUUGCAUUUCUUUUCACGUCUUUGUUUUGCAUGACUAUUCAGUUCAUCAUGUGUGACGCUGCCCACAGGACAACUCUAGCAGUAUGUUUUAUUUUUUCGGUAUUCUUCAGCUAAAGUCAAGUUUGUUUGUUCAUAUAAUUAUCUGGUAGCUGCUGUGCCGGCCUUAGGGU